UCUGUAUGUUUACCUAGUCAACCAUUCACCUGGCUCUUAUUAUUACACACAAAGGCAAAUAUUUUCUAAAUAUGAAUUGUUCUUAAACUUGCUUGUGGCCGACACGCACACGCGAUUUUAACUUAUCAUCUACAUACAGAUCCACAAAUAAUUUGCAGACUUUGGGAGCUUCAACAGGUGGUAGGAAAAGCUGGAAAGCUCAGAGUAGGAAAAAUGGCUGAUUUCUUGUGUGGUUAUUGUGUUGGCAUCGCAGCCAGUUUAAUCAUAGUGUGGAUUCUGGUCUCCGUCUUGGCUUACAGCGGUUUGUUUCACCGAGUGGUCGUGAGGAAACUAUCUAACCCUGUUGGGAAGCUUCGAGUGGCGUAUCUGUACAAUACGGGGCCAUAUCGAAACUGCGGACCGCUUUUCGGCCGGGUGAAUAGUGUGUCGCCUCAUGCGCGAUGUAUGGGCAUCUAUUACGAUGACCCAAAGACGACCCCUGAGAGUGAGCUGCGUUACAUGGUGGGUACGAUCUUGAGCGAGCACGAUGACGCAGUGGACGAUGAGCUCCAGAAGCGGUGUGAAGAUGACGGUUUUAGGGUGAUCGAGGUCCCUGCCAUCGUCGACGCCAUCGGAACCGAUUUCCCUUUCCGUUGGAUGCUGUCCGUCUUCUUUGCUAUCUGGAGGGUUUACCCAGCCCUUAAUGGGAAGAUCAAGAAAGAAGGAUUGAAUGCCCGCCCUUGCUUUGAGAUCUACGGAGAUGGGAUGACCAAAUUCUACAUGCCACUUAGCAACAAUGACGCGUACUAUGUACCUGAGGCACUCAAAAACAAAUCAACUUAAACUUGGUCAAACUACAUAAAGCCAUUCGACCUUUAAUAUGACAACUGACCACAGACCAACUUUAUGCAAUCACAAGCCGACAUCAUGUCUUUUCUAUAAUUUCUUCAACUUUCUCCUAAUCCGUUUACCCAUUUUAAUUCUUACGACAGAGCUCCUGAUACGUACAUAUUAAACACAAUUGAAACACACUUCUAUUGGGUAACGCUUGCCCGACGACGAGGAGCCGUCCGUUUAUUCGAUGCGAUU